UUUCACCAACCGCCAAAAGCGUAGCAUCAACUUAUUUGUUCACAUUAUCUAUCGUACAUUUUAUAUUCGACGCACAUUUUUUUUUUCAAGAAAUUUCUAUCAGUAGAUUUAAAUUGCCAAAAUUUUAAGACGAACUCCCAAUAAAAUAAAUUUGGUUGAGCGAAAAAUAAGUUGUGUUACGUACUGUUUUUAUAUUGUCUUUUAAAUCGUAUAAAUGUGUUAAAAUAAAGGCGAAUUUUUAAGAAAGAAUUAAUUCCGAAUAUCGCUUGAAAAAAAAUAUAGCGGUUCCAUCGAGCAAAGGUCAAUCAAGUCAAGGUUAAUCGUUCAGGCAUCAUUGGUUGCAUUUUGUAACAAUUUUAACACAAGCAAAAUGAAUUUUCAAUUACCGAUCCACCUAAUUUAUGCCCAGCCAGGCAUACCACAACAAGAACUCGCGGAGAUAACCAUUCAAUACAUGAAUCCAACAUUUACCGAACCGCCUGUGGAUCCCAUACUUCGAAAUCAAUAUGAGACUGAUGAUCCGUUAUAUUACCCGGUGCAUAACUCUUUAACGGUACUCAACUACCCGGAUUACCAAUACCAAGUUAAUAUACAAUUUGCAAAUUUUGAUGAAAUUCAAUCAACGCUUGAAAGUCACGGUAUAAAUAUCAAAGUAAUAAAAUUAAGAUUUGGAAAUUAUAGCGAUUCCAAUAAAAUAAGUCUAUUCAUGAAUUUGGCAUGGUAUCACUGUAAAAAUGUGAAAGAAUUAUACCUCUAUAGCGAGAGUACACAUGACCAUCUUGGUUUGAAUAACAUAUCGACUUGGUUUUUGGUUAGCCAGACAUUGCCUUUCACAAAGCUGGAACAUUUACAUUUAGAAUGCUUGAGUGACUGUGUUUGCGGCGAAAUUGGCUACAAAGAUAGAAUACUUGAUCUUCUAUUGAAAUCCAAACAUAAAAACAUAUCGAAACUCACGAUGCGCCGCUUUCAUCUAGAGACAAAAGGUUUCGAGAUAAUUGCAACCAGACUGCCGAGUCUAAAGGUGUUACAUUAUCAUGGAAUAAACGGUUGGGAUAGAGAUCAUGGAUGGUUCGAUCAAAAUGUUUGCGAUUAUGAUAUAUUGGCCACACUCAAGCAGCUAGAGGAACUUGACAUUCAAGAUUAUCGCUGGUUUGAAGCCGUUCGCUUCAUUCACGGGUUAGCGGUAAAUGCUCCUGCCAUCGAAAAGCUGACGCUUAAGAGACUAAUGGGUCCUUAUUUGGAGCCCGAACAGGACAUUUUAAACAGCAUCGGAUAUAUGCAAAACAUCAAAAGUUUGAAAAUGUCAACAUUUCAACAAUUAGAUACCAUUGACUUCGGCGCCAUCGCAUGGAGAUCGGACAUCAGAGAAUUAGAGUUUGAUAUUGUGCAACCUGAAAACCACUUUACAACCAGACUAUUGAACAUACUACAAGAGGCUCGUCCACUGAGAAGAAUAACUGUUAAUGAAUUGGACGGUUUUGGCGAACAUCCCAUCGAUGAUAGCCUUAGAUACUCGCGGUUUUUUAACGAACGUAAACCAAGUAGACUGAAUGGACUCUGAUUGCUUGUGAUUUAAUAAGUAACAGACCAUAUUUUUUAAACAUUUUUUGCAUACAUUUUUUUAUAAAUCGUAUAUCAAGAGUAUCUCCAUUCAAAUUACCACUAUGUAUAGGUAAAUUUUAAAUACAAAGAAAUUUGUAAAAGUCGUUUAAGUAGAAUAAGAGUCAAGUCAAGUCCAAAAAUUAAAUAUAAAUAAGAAGAAAA